AUGGCUUCUAACCACUUCGCUAUUGCGAACCCGCCUGCGGACGUGAUAUCGGCCGUUCAAUUCUCCCCAGAGCCAGAGUCGACGCGUUUUGUGGUAUCAUCAUGGGACAAGAACGUAUAUCUGUAUGACCUCAGAGACGAGAACGGCAUUAUUGGCGAGGGGAAACUCAUACAAAAGUUUGAACAUCGCGCGCCGGUGCUAGAUGUCUGUUUUGGCCAGAAUGAAGACGAACUAUACACUGCCGGGUUGGAUUGGGAUGUUAGAAAGAUCGAUAUACAGACCUCGACCCAGACGGUGUUGAGCUCACACAGCCAGGGCGUAAAGUCCGUUGUCUACAGUAAAGAGCACGGCCUAGUCGUCUCAGCGUCGUGGGACAUGACCCUCCACAUUCAUAAGGCAGAUGGGAGCGCUUCGCCCGCCACAAUUCCACUGCCAUCAAAGCCAUUCUCCCUCUCCGUUACCCCCACCAAACUCGUUGUUGCCAUGGCGUCGAGAACACUACAUAUCUACGACCUCAAGUCUUUAGUGUUAUUCCUGGAGCAGUCCGGUAGUCAGCCACCAGCUCACACCCUCGAGCUAGAGCCCUGGCAGCGCCGGGAAAGCAGUCUUAAGUUCAUGACCCGGGCGGUGGCCUGCAUGCCCGAUGAUGCCGGCUACGCAUCGUCAAGUAUAGAAGGGCGAGUAGCGGUAGAGUGGUUUGAUCCCUCUGACGAAUCUCAAGAUCGGAAAUAUGCAUUUAAAUGUCAUCGGCAGCACGUUGACGGCGUGGAUGUCGUCUACCCCGUCAACGCCCUCGCCUUUCACCCGGUAUUCGGCACUUUUGCCUCUGGAGGUGGUGAUGGAGUGGUCGCCUUCUGGGACGGUAUUGCAAAGAGGAGGAUACGGCAGUAUCCCAAGUACCCUUCCAGCGUGACUGCGUUGGACUUUAGCUCUAACGGGAAAUACCUGUUGGUUGGAAUCAGUCCUGGUUUCGAGGACGAGAAGGAUGAUGUGCCGGAAGGGACCGUCAAAGUGAUGAUCAGAGAACUAGGCGAGACAGAAGCAAAGGGAAAAGGAGCUAAAUAA